AUGGACCUCUCACCAAAUAUUUAUAGAGGUGCCGAUUUAUUGAAAGCGAGGAAGGAACUUGAGUCACAAUUGAGACAAACAAGUUACACUACAUUUGAGGACCUUAAGAAAUAUUUAUUGAAAGGAUUGGAAGAAACUGUUCGUGUUCUUCCACUCAUCGAUUAUCAAAAUUUCCAAAUGAAUAUUUCUGUUUUACACAGCGAGUCAACACAAGAAGCACUCGACAAUAUCAGUAAAAGUUUUGAUGUUCCUAUUAUAAAUUGUGAAGAUGUUGUUUCACAAAAUUCAACUGGUAUUAUAGACUCUAACACUGAACCACAAACUCUGUUGUUUCAAAUGCCACUCAUCUAA